AUGCAGGCCUCAGGCUGCUUAAUCAUCUUCUCUCUCUUCUUUCUCUUCUUUCUCUCUUCUUCCUCAGCUUCCUUUCUCUCCGAUGCUGAGGCCGCCUUCAUUGCCCAUCGUCAGCUUCUUUCCAUGCCUAAAGAUGGAAAACUCCCUCACGAUUUCGAAUUCAAGGUCGACGUUUCAGUAACCUUCACCAACCAACGUAUCAAAAGAGCUUACAUCGCUCUCCAAGCUUUGAAAAAAGCUAUCUAUUCCGACCCUUUCAACACCACCGGAAAUUGGGUCGGUCCUAAUGUCUGUGCCUACAAUGGUGUCUUUUGCGCCUCCGCCCUCGAUGAUUCUUCCGUCAAUGUCGUCGCCAGCGUUGAUCUUAACGAAGCUGACAUCGCCGGCCACCUCCCGGCCGAGAUUGGUCUCAUGACCGAUCUCGCUGUCUUCCAUAUAAACUCCAACCGCUUCUGUGGAAUUAUCCCCCAAAGCUUCUCCAAUCUCCAACUCCUCCACGAACUCGAUCUCAGUAAUAACCGUUUUGUUGGACCUUUCCCAUCACUAGUCCUCAGUUUACCAAACCUCAAGUAUCUUGACCUCCGUUUCAAUGAAUUCGAAGGUCCUCUGCCUGAGGAGCUAUUUGAAAAAGACCUUGAUGCUCUGUUUUUAAAUAACAACAGAUUCACUUCCCACAUACCAGAAAAUUUAGGAAAUUCGCCAGUCUCUGUUUUGGUUCUAGCCAACAACGAGCUAGAAGGUUGUAUUCCAAGCAGCAUAGGACAGAUGGGAAAUACAUUGAAUGAGAUCAUCCUUAUGAACAAUGGAUUAUCUGGAUGUCUACCUCAGGAAAUUGGGUUGCUAGGAAAUGUUUCUAUCUUUGAUUUGAGUUCGAAUUCCUUUAGUGGGAUAUUACCGAAGAGUUUCUCUGGAUUGAAGAGCUUGUCGGAGUUUGAUAUUUCACAUAACAUGCUGACAGGAUUCGUGCCUGAUAGUAUAUGCAAGCUUCCCAACUUAUCGAAUUUCACAUUCUCGGAUAACUACUUCAAUGGGCAAUCUGACCAAUGUGUGGCGUCGUCGAGAUCUGAUAUUGUUCUUGAUGAUAAUGGCAACUGUCUGCCGGACCGGCCUAAGCAAAAGACGGGGAAAAUGUGUGAACCGAUAGUGAACCGGCCAGUUGAUUGUAGUAAGUGGAAAUGUGGAUCUCCAAAGAAGAAGAAAUUCACACACCCGCCUCCUACACCGGUUCAGUCACCGCCACCACCGGUUCAGUCACCACCGCCUCCAGUUCAGUCACCUCCACCCCCGGUUCUGUCGCCGCCACCACCUCCACCGCUGGUUCAGUCGCCACCACCUCCAGUCCAGUCACCUCCACCCUUGGUUCAGUCGCCACCACCUCCAGUACAGUCACCACCACCGCCGGUUCAGUCGCCACCACCUCCAGUUCAGUCACCUCCACCCAUGGUUCGGUCGCCACCACCUCCAGUACAGUCACCACCACCGCCGGUUCAGUCGCCACCACCUCCAGUUCAGUCACCUCCACCCAUGGUUCGGUCGCCACCACCUCCAGUCCAGUCACCUCCACCCAUGGUUUGGUCGCCACCACCACCGCCGGUUCAGUCGUCACCACCUCCAGUUCAGUCACCCCCACCCAUGGUUCGGUCGCCACCACCACCGCCGGUUCAGUCGCCACCACCUCCAGUUCAGUCACCUCCACCCAUGGUUCGGUCGCCACCACCUCCAGUUCAGUCACCACCACCGCCGGUUCGGUCGCCACCACCUCCAGUUCAGUCACCACCACCGCCGGUUCAGUCGCCACCACCUCCAGUUCAGUCACCUCCACCCAUGGUUCGGUUGCCACCACCUCCAGUUCAGUCACCACCACCGCCGGUUCAAUCGCUACCACCUCCAGUUCAGUCACCUCCACCCAUGGUUCGGUCGCCACCUCCUCCAGUUCAGUCACCACCACCGCCGGUUCACUCACCACCACCUCCAGUUCAGUCACCCCCACCACCAGUUCAAUCGCCCCCUCCUCCAGUUCAGUCACCACCACCCCCGGUUCAGUCACCACCACCUCCACCCCCAGUUCAGUUGCCUCCACCACUGACUGUAUUCUCCCCACCCCCUCCAACCCCAGUUCCCUCACCUCCACCGCCGGUCCAAUCACCCCCACCACCACUGCCGCCUGUCCAAUCACCUCCCCCGCCAUCCCCAUCUCCACCACCUCCACCAUCUCCAUCUCCAUCUCCUCCACAUCCUACUCCUGUAUCAGCACCUCCCCCACCUGAUUCCUACGAAAUUCUCCCACCAACUCUCGGGGUCUCCUAUGCAUCGCCGCCUCCACCCAUCUAUGAAGGCUACUAAAUAGUGUGUCUCCUUCCUAAGGUCUUCAGCCUCCACACACAGGUCUGCUUUUUGCUAGCUCCUCUUCUUAAAAAAAAAGAAAAAAAACGAAGAACAAAUCUCAUCCAACACCAACAGGAGCUCCUCUCUCCUUCUCUCUUCUUUGUAAAACAAAAGGGCACCACAGGCAGCAAGAUGUAAUUAAAAAAAAAAAAAUACAGAGCAGAAUAUAUUGUUAUUUCAAGAUAUAGAUUCUAGAAUUUUUGCUCUCUGAUAUUGCUAUCCCCUUUUAUUUUUAC